UGUCCUCUUUUCUUACUCGUUGCUUGUCUUUUCGGCUCUGUGUAGUAUAUCUUGAUAUUCUGUGAGACAAGGCAUGCUUAUGGGUAACUCAGAAAACACUUUAAGUGAUUAUGACUCGACAUGGGAAGAUGAAGAUGUGUGUGAGGACACUAAAGAGUUCUCUAAACAGUGGCCAUGGUGUGAGAAAAGAAACCUACAUGCUGCAGAAGAUAUGCAAAACUACAGACGCGAGUGUCGGAGCCAACUUGAUGAUGUGAAAGGUCAAGAUGUAGACAAUGAUGAAGACUUGCCAAAUCUGUGGUUUUACCAAAAUAAGAUCCCUUUCGACGCUGAUGGCGUGUGCAUUGAGGAUUUUCACAUGUGCUGGUUUGGUGAUUACAAGAAGUUGGAACAUGUGCACUCCUACAUUCAAUGGCUAUUUCCGACUCAGGAGAAUGGAAUGAAUGCGUCAUCUGUGCAAAACCUGUCACAUGUGCUUAGCCCAAAAGCAAUCAAGCUGUUCCAUAGGGAUGAGGUGAUGAAGAAAAGAUUGUUGACAUCUUACAAGCUCAUGUUGGACUUCUAUGGCAUAGAACUUGUCAGCGAGGAAACCGGAGAGGUGAGACGUUCAGUAAACUGGAAAGAGCGAUUUGCAAACCUAAACAGAAACACACACAACAAUCUUCGCAUUACCCGCAUUUUGAAGUGUCUGGGAUUACUGGGGUUCCAUCACUAUCAAGCACCACUGGUUCACUUCUUCCUUGUGGAGACUCUGGUGAAUGGUACACUUCCCCAAGUAAAACAGAGCGUUCUGGACUACUUUAUGUUCGCAGUAGUGGACAAGUCUAAAAGAAAAGAGUUGAUCAAAUUUGCCUUGUGUUAUUUCAAGCCAAAAGAGAAAUUUGUGUGGUGUCCUACAAGGAUUCGAAUUCAUUUUUUGAAGGAGGUCGAGCGUGCAGAGAAACAAACCGAGCGCUAUUAAAAGUGAAGUGGAACACAGGCUAGGGAUUGAGGGAACAGCAAGUAAUUCAACUGUUCAAAAGGUUUAGAAUGUAUACAACAGAGAUGAACUUUAAACGUGCUAUAGAAAAAUCCACAGAUAAGAACAGUAGUAAAGAUACUCACAGGCCAGUGCAUCAAAAUGGUAGCUUCCAACAAACCUUUUAAUUUACUGUCAGUCUAACAAAGAUGCUCAGUCUAAAUGUGGUCACACAUCACAUCCUGCUAAAAAUGUACACACUGAAAAUGUACAAUAAUUAUCAAACUACCAGUGAAAACAGCCAGCAGAUUCCAACUGGGGGGAAUGAGCACCAAAAGCAAGAGGAUGAAAUGCAAAAUCACCAAAAAAAAAAAAAAAAAAAAAAAAAAAAAGCCACAGCUGAAGCAAAUACCAAUGAACCGGUGUAAGACAGGAAAGACGAUCCACUACAUCACAUUAAGACAAACUGAAGAUAUGUCUACAAUCAUGGAGCCGUAAAGAAAUAAAGGCUAAAUUAUGAUGAAUAUUCAAACAAACAUCUAAACAUAAAGUUACUCUCAGAGAGCAGUAUAUGAAAAUCUGUUUGUCAAAAAAGACGUAUUGGGUUUUCUUGGGGUAGUUGGGUUUGUGAGAGAUGGAGGAACUGGAAAAAAAGAGUAAAAUAUCCAAACUGUGAUGUACAAUAUACACAAGAAUUAACAUUUUUUAAAAUAUAUUUUUAUUGUUGGUUGACCAACAUUUUAAAAGGAUCAUGUUUUAUUAUGGUACAGAUUAAAAACAUGACUCUGCUCAUUUUUGACUUGUUUAUGCUCAUGCUGCUAUGUGUUAAUGAAAAACUCAAUUCUAGCCAAUUAGAAAAAGAAUGUUUAUCUUUUCAUUACCAGAAUAGCUAGUUUAUAUUGAUUUUAGGUAGAGCAGAUCCUCUGAACUAGCUUAAGCUAAUCAUCAGAAACAAUAAGUCUAUGAAAUUUAAUAUGCCAUGAAAAUAUGCUUUAAACUAAGAAAAUACAUGGCGUAUGCAAUAUGCUGAUCAAAGUUCACCUGGAUGCUGCAACAGAACCCCAUACGUUGUUUUUGUUUGCUUUUAGAUUUAAAAAGAAGUAAUUGUUAGCCACAUCAUACAAGCACUUAUAAACAAGUCUGUAAACUAAUACUGAUUACCCAGUAUGGAUGUAUGAAUAAUUAUAAAUAAAGUUAACAUUCUGCACUUUAAUUCCAAAGUUAAUAA